UGCGUUUACAUUCCAUCGGAGCAAGACCUGAACGGCCUCAAUCUAACGUCUUGACCUAGAAUUGGGGGCCAUUCCUGUGAUUAGACUUACUCACUCGAGAGCUGCCGUUACACACUAAACCACUUCUUCGAGCGUUCUUUGGUGAGGCUCACAGACAUGCUCAAGGCCAAGACGGUCCCGUUCAACAACCCACCAAUACAGCAAUGUCGAGAGCUCUGAACGAGCAUAUCAUCGCUGCCCUGAAACAAGGCGACCAUGAAAAAAUCUUCAACGACGUCUCUGGGCUUUUUGUGCAGCCGCAAGAUGAAGGCCUCCUCGAGAUCGAGAUUCUAGGCCAGGGCCAUCCAAUGGGCCCGGACGAGAACUUCCUACGAGACGAGAACGCAGUUGCGAUUCCCAAGCUGCGCAUCGUCCAGGCCUUUCUCUUCGCCAGACAGAUUCUCCAGAAGCACAAAGCCAGUGAUUCUUCCGUGGGACGGGAGCAGCUGAUGGCUGCCACAAGCGUUCUGCUUCUGAUGGACCCUGAGCACCUCACAGCCGCCAAUACCAGGAAGCGUCUUCUCUCCGACGCGAUCUCUGCGGGUGACACCGUGAAGGCGAAUCUAGCACGGGAAACGUGGUUUGUGGAUAGUCUGCUCACCAGCCGACUGCAUCGACACACAAAGUCGCCAACGUUGUGGAACCAUCGACGCUGGCUGUCGGAGCGAUACCGUGAUGCCGGACUUCCAGUCGUGGUGCAACAGGAUGUCGAGACGGUUGUCAUGAUGGCUGGAGAGCGGCAUCCGCGUAACUAUUAUGCAUGGACUCAUGCUCGGUGGCUAACGAGGACGUUCCUGGUCGUUUCCGAGCUCGACGUGCUUGUGCCACUGACUCAGAGUGUUAAGAAGUGGUCUUUCAGACAUCAUUCAGAUAUUUCCGGCUGGUCUUUCCUAGCUUAUUUGAUUGAUAGGCUGGGAAAGGACGACAGAGGGACGGUUUCGUUGGUUUACAAUGAGACUUUGAGUUUGGCUGAAUCUCUCCGGUGGUGUAAUGAGUCUGUCUGGUGGUUUCUACGCACCAUAGCAUCUCGGCCAGUACUGGGACAAAUCGAUAGAGAUAAAUUUGCGAGCGUUCAUGAGCGGCUGGCAGCAGCCAGUGCUGAGGACUCUCUUGAAGCCGCAGUACUGAGAACGGCGCGGACGUGGUGGGACAUGUACGGCUCAGAUGGCCAGGUAGCAUGUACAAGUCACCAGUGAAAAUGAUACAGGUGAACUAGAGGAGGAGGAAACCGGCAAAUUCGCGAUACCGUGCUGAUUGAAUGAGUACAAAUUUGGACUUCUGGACGAAGCAUAUAUCAUGCUCAUUUCUUAUAUUCAAUGAGCUUCCAGGGUGAGCCUUGAAUUAUUUUGUCAAGAUGGGACUUGACAUUUGUUGCUUUAUUUUGGGAGUAAGAACAAACAACAGCAUUGCGGUUCGCGUAGAGCAUAGAGCACCGCAGAUGAGAUACUAAGGAGAAUCAUGCCUGGUUUUUUUCAUACUCGGAAAUGACUGCACUCAUUGACGUUACUUUACUCGGCAAUCCUUCAAGGGAUCAACAAGAUCAAAAGGCUCCGGCCUUCCAAGUUACAACAUCAUAUCAGUGCGAUGCAUCUUG